AAUAGAAAACCAAUCUUUCUAUCCAAAAUUCCAUCUUGAAUCAACACCAAUCAUCUCUAUCUCACUCUCAUCAAAAUGCAAACUUUCUUUCAUUCUCACAUUUUCCACUUCUCACUCUUCCCAUAACCAAAGCUUUGAACACUGUCAUCAUCAAUGGAGGGUUCCCUCUUCCCCUCAAGACCUGUAUAUCCCACCCCUUCAAAUAAACCAGCCCAACCAAACUUCCCGCCAUGGAAGCUCAAUCCAACAAUAGCCCAACCUCCACCUCCACCACCUCCUCCUACUCAAUCCCCAUCUCCAUCCUCAUUCCCCAUUGAUUCUCUCCUCCAACACCUUCUACACCUUUCUUCGUCUCCAAAAAAUCCUCACACUGUUAAACCUGUGAAGCCACAUCAUUUCAGCAAUGCUCAUUUGCGUUCUCUUAAACUUUCGGUUGAUUCUACUCAGAAACAGCUUGAAAAUGGCGGUUACGAAAAACCCACAUCGGUUUUGGUCUCUCAGCUGGAGGAGGACGAAGAAGAAGGUCGUUUGGAAACUGGGUUCCUUGAGUUUCUCACAACAAAGGGUAAGAUGCUGUUUAAUUCGAUUGUAGAGUUGCCUUUGGAUGAAUUGAAUGGUUAUUUUGAUUCUGUAAAGGUUGAGUUGGUUGAGGUUGAUUUGAUUAGUCUGUUGAAAGCUUUGGACCUUUCUGGGAAUUGGGAAAGAUCCCUUUUGUUGUUUGAAUGGGUUUUAUCGAAUUUGUGGCCUGCGAAAGUGAAACUUAAUAGCCAGGUUAUUGAACUCAUGGUUAGGAUUCUUGGUAGAGAAUCACAGCAUACAAUUGCAUCUAAGCUGUUUGAUGAAAUUUCUCUAGACGAAUUCUCGCUUGAUAUUCGAGCUUACACUACCAUUAUUCAUGCAUAUUCUCGUACUGGCAAGUACCAAAGAGCAAUUACAAUGUUUGAGAAAAUGAAGGAGACUGGGCUCUCACCAACUUUGGUUACUUACAAUGUCAUGCUUGAUGUUUAUGGAAAGAUGGGCCGGUCUUGGAAUAGAAUUGUAGAUCUUUUGGAUGAGAUAAAAAGUGAAGGACUUCAGUUUGAUGAUUUCACUUGCAGUACUGUGAUAUCUGCUUGUGGCAGAGAGGGUUUGCUGAAGGAGGCAAAGGAGUUUUUUGCUGAGAUAAAGUUGCAGGGCUAUGUGCCUGGAACUGUUACUUAUAAUUCUUUGAUACAAGUUUUUGGGAAAGCGGGGAUAUUUUCAGAGGCUUUGAGCAUUUUGAAAGAAAUGGAAGAUAGUAACUGUCCACCUGACUCGGUUACAUACAACGAACUUGUUGCAGCAUAUGUGAGGGCGGGGUUUUACGAGGAAGGUGCUGCUGUAAUAGAGACGAUGGCCCAGAAGGGGGUCAUGCCAAAUGCUGUUACUUAUACUACUGUCAUAAAUGCAUAUGGCAAAGCCGGAAAAGAGGAUGAAGCUUUAAAGUUGUUCAACAAGAUGAAGGAGGCUGGUUGUGUUCCUAACGUAUGCACUUACAAUGCUGUCCUCGGAAUGUUAGGAAAGAAGUCACGGUCAGAGGAGAUGAUACAAGUACUCAGUGAUAUGAAGUUGAGUGGAUGUGGCCCUAAUCGUGUUACCUGGAAUAUAAUGCUUGCUAUGUGUGGUGAUAAGGGUAAGCACAUGUUUGUGAACCGUGUGUUUCGGGAAAUGAAGAACUGUGGUUUUGAUCCUGAUAGAGACACAUUCAACACUUUGAUCAGUGCAUAUGGACGGUGUGGUGCAGAGAUUGAUGCCACUCUAAUGUAUGAUCAGAUGAUCAAUGCAGGGUUCAGUCCAUGUAUUACAACGUACAAUGCGCUUCUCAAUGCUCUGGCCCGACGAGGAGACUGGAAAGCAGCCGAAUCUGUUUUUGUAGACAUGAAAAACAAGGGAUUCAAGCCUAAUGAAACCUCUUACUCAUUGAUGCUCCAAUGCCAUGGGAAGGGAAGGAAUUUGAAAGGGAUACAGAGGAUUGAAAGGGAAAUAUAUGAUGGUCAAAUUUUCCCCAGCUGGGUUCUUUUGAGAACGCUUAUUCUUGUAAAUUUCAAGUGUAAAUCUGUGAAGGGCAUGGAAAAGGCAUUUCAGCAACUGCAAAAUAAUGGAUUUAGACCUGAUUUGGUGUUGUUUAACUCUAUGCUUUCAAUGUAUGCUAGAAACAACAUGCAAGAUCGAGCUCACGAGAUGCUGCAAUUGAUUCGUGAAGCUGGCCUGGAGCCGGAUCUUGUUACCUACAACGGCUUGAUGGACAUGUACGCUAGACGGGGAGAAUGUUGGAGAGCAGAGGAAAUCCUCAAGAGACUACACGAGACCGGCGGGAAACCAGAUCUUGUUUCCUAUAACAUUGUUCUUAAAGGAUUUUGCAGGCGCGGGCUUAUGCAAGAGGCCGUAAGGAUUCUCUCUGAGAUGACAGCUAGAGGGAUUAGGCCAUGUAUAUUCACAUACAACACAUUUGUGACAGGCUAUGCAGCAAGGACAAUGUUUUCAGAAGCAAAUGAAGUGAUUAGCUAUAUGAUUCAGAACAAUUGCAGACCCAAUGAGCUAACCUACAAGAUUGUGGUAGAUGGUUAUUGUAGAGCCAAAAGGCAUGAAGAAGCCAUGGACUUUGUGUCAAAUAUUACAAAGAUAGACAGUUCCAUUGAUGAUCAAUCUGUACAGAGACUUGCUUCUCGCAUAAGGGAGAAUUUGUAGUUCUGAAUUUAUUAUUUCUAUAGCUUCGUUUUAGGAAUGUGUAUAUGAUGGCAAGUCAGUCAAUGAUAGUUUGUAUUGUUUUUUUCUUUGGUAAAUGACUGUCACAAAUCGGUUUUACUCACUUUGAAAUAGAAGAAAAAGGAUAUAUAGGCUUUGGAUUU